AUGUCCGCUUCAACUUUUGCAAGGUCUCGAGCUGUGCUGCGUCGCAAGCCCAAGCCAGAUAAGAAAGUUUUGGAUAACGAGGAUCCAGAAGAGGUGAAGGAAGCUUUCCGUCUCUUUGAAACGGCUUCUAGCAGUACCAUUGAAGCGAUGAUGGAUUUAUACCUUUAUGACGAUGGUGACACGGGCAAAGUUUUGUUACGAGACUUAAAGCGUGUGUGUACCGAACUAGGCGAAACUUUGACGGAUGAAGAAAUGCAUGACAUGAUUGAUGAAGCAGAUUGUGAUGGAGAUGGACUUUUAAACGAGAAAGAUUUUUUUCGCGUCUUGAAAAAAAGCGUCAUGGGAAUCCAGUGGACGACCUCAGCGACGAUGAUUGAUAGUCACGUAAUUCUGCUAUAA